CGAAGGGUUCCACCAUGGGUAACGUGUGCGGGAGUAAGCGGGAGGACACCGUAAUCGUCUACGACGAGCGCGACCGCCCUCGUCGCGUGUCCGUGUCCGAGUACUCGCACAUCAACGCCGCGCAGCAGCGCAAGCUGCAAAACAUGGGGUACGACUGCGCCCCGCCCGCCGGCUCGUACGCGCAGGGACCGAGGCGAAGCGGGGUUCGCGACGAGGUCCCGGUGGAACCCAUCCCGGAGUAUGUGGUGGACUACAGGCGCGACCAGGCGCAGCUGAGGGAGGAGCUGGAGCGAGAUAAGCUCCAGCAGCGAGAGAUGGAGGAGAGGGACAUCGCGACGGAGAGUCGCCUGGUGGUGGCGAAUGGAGAGAGGGAGGAGACCAGCCUGAUGGACCAGAACGGCGGACCCGCGCUGGCCAAGGGCGCCUCCUUCAAGGACGGCGAAUGCGUCGUGUGCCUCGACGCGGCGAGGACGCAUCUAAUGCACCCUUGCGGGCACCUGUCCAUGUGUGAGACUUGCGCCGGGGCGCUGAUGGAAAAGGUGCUGCCCAAGUGCCCGAUCUGCCGCAAGGACGUCGACAGCGUCGUGAAGGUCUGGCGAUGACGUGUCAAGGUGUAAAAAAAAGUUAAAAAGCCACGUGUAUUUCAAGCAGCGGUAUCGCAUCGACU